GGAGCAGACCAACAUCCACAUACUUGAGUGACUUAUAGAUAUGAACGACAGCUAGUCAUAUUGUGAUAGUUUAUAUUAUUUGCCAAUAUAAUUUUGUGAGUAGCAGCUUUGGAUUGACGGUAGCAGCUUUGGAUUGACGAUGACAGCCAGGACAGGAAUGUGCUGUUGACCGGAUAUUCCAGUUGUUAGUAAUAUCAGGUUCAGAAUUUUGGUGUGAAAGAACACAAACUGCCACUUGGAGACGUUCAGAGCAGAGACACAAAAAUGGUCACUUCACUGAAGCAUUGGCUAUCAUAUUGUGAAUGAAACAUUGACAGCUGGACUAGCGAGUCUUCAUGACUAAUGCAUUUAACGUCGCUCAUACAGAUCGUCUUCUACGAGGAUAAGAACUUCCAGGGCCGUCGCUAUGAGUGUGACAGCGACUGCUCCGACUUCCACGCCUACCUGAGCCGCUGCAAUUCCAUCCGGGUGGAGAGUGGGGCCUGGGUGGUGUACGAGCGCCCCAACUACACGGGCUACCAGUAUGUCCUGACCAGAGGGGAGUACCCAGACUAUCAGCGCUGGAUGGGCCUCAACGACCACCUCAGCUCCUGCAAGACCAUCCACUUUAUCAGUGGGACCCAGUACAAGAUGCAGCUAUAUGAAAAGGCAAACUUUGAGGGACAGGCCUUUGAGGCCACUGAAGACUGCCCCUCCGUGCAGGAGAAGUACCGCUGGAGGGAAGUCUAUUCCUGCAAGGUCUCUGAUGGCUGGUGGGUGUUCUACGAACACCCCAACUACCGCGGCCGUCAGUACUUCAUGGAAAAGGGCGAGUACCGCAAACCUGGGGACUGGGGCGCCAUCAGCCCUGUGGUCCAGUCCUUCAGACGCUACACUGAGUGAU